AUCAUCUACUACCACAGCGCCAUCAACAACACUGAAGACAAGCACGUCUCGCUCCUCCCCUUAAUCAACAGCUCAUCGCCACCCGUCGUGACAAACGUCAUUGUCGCAACCCUCGACCUCAAUAUAACCGGUCUCUUCCUCAACUCCGACUCCAUCGACUCGCCAGCCUUCGACCGUCUCUGGUCCGACACCUCCCAACUUAGAAAGCAUAACAUCAAAAUCUCUGCCAUGCUGCUUGGAAACUUCCACACGCUAUCCGGCAAUCAGUCGUUCUUUGAGCGCAACUACGCAUUUCUCCACGACGGUCUCAAAACACAUAAUUUCGAUGGCAUCGACAUCGACGUCGAGGAUCCCACCGCAAUUUCACUGCCAGACGUAAUCCGCCUCAUCGAUCGCCUGCGCAGGGACUUCGGGUCUGGCUUUUUGAUUACCAUGUCCCCUGUUGCGGAGGCGCUAAAUGGUGGUCGCAAUCUUAGCGGCUUCAACUACACGAUUCUGGAAGCCAAGCGCGGGAACGAGAUUGCGUGGUAUCACGCACAGUUCUACAAUACAUUUGGCUGGGUGGGUGACACUCGGGACUAUGACAGGAUAGUGGAGUUUGGUUUUAAGCCUGAGAAGGUGGUUGUGGGGAUGACGACGAAUAAGGCGAAUGCGGGGGGUUUUGUGGGGUUGGAGAUGGUGGGGAAGAUGUUGGGGGAGUUGACCAAAAAAUAUGAAGAUUUUAAGGGGGUGGCGGGGUGGGAGUAUUUUGAUAGUAGUCCUGGGGGGCAAACGAGACCGUGGGAGUGGAGUGAGAGAAUGGCAGAGUUCUUGGAGGUGCGGAGU